AUGGCGACCGACUUUUGGGCCAGUUCCCACUACAAGCGUUGGAUCUUUGACAGGGCUACGCUCAGUCAGGCGAGGGCAGAGGAUUUGCUCCAUGUCGAAGAUCCAGAGCACCUCGACUUCCUCGCUAUAUUCUUCGCCAACCUGAUUGCGAAGCUGGGCAAGAGACUUCAGCUGAAGCAGCGAGUGAUCGCUACCGCGACUGUCUUCCUCCGGAGAUUCUACGUCAAGAACUCAUACUGCGAGAUCGACCCUUUCAUCGUCAUCGCCACCUGCUGCUAUGUUGCGGCCAAGGCGGAAGAAUCUCCUGUACACAUCAAGACGGUCUUGUCGGAAGCAAGGACCGUGUUCAAUCAGGAAGGUUACAACCUGAAGUCAUUUCCCAACGAGAACUCUCGUCUGGCAGAAAUGGAGUUCUACCUAGUCGACGAUCUGGAGUGCGAUUUGACCGUGUUCCAUCCCUACCGCACGCUCAUGGCACUCUGCUCUAAAGACCCGGUGAACCCUGCUUCAGAGGACGGCGAGCUCGGCGUUGGCAUCGUUGAAGGCUCGCGAUAUUGGGGCACCGGUGAAGGUAAACUGAUACUGAGAGAAGACGGCGCAUUGCAGAUGGCGUGGUUCAUCAUCAAUGAUACCUACCGCUCAGAGCUCUGCCUGCUGUACCCUCCACAUAUCAUCGCCAUCGCAGCUAUUUACCUCACCCUUGUCUUGAACGAGAAGACCCGCGCGACCUUGAACCUCCAGCCCUCAUACUCCAUGCCAUCGAAUUCUUCCUCGUUGCAGUCCGCGUUGACAUCUACCACCACUCCAUCCUACCAGAGUCCAGCCGCGGCUCCCUCACGGCGUUCUUCCCGCCAAACGUCCAAACAUCCACCGUCCGUCGCGUCUGCGCAAGACCCGAUCGAGUUCCUCGCUGGCCUGAACGUCUCUAUGCCACUCGUCGCCACCUGCGCGCAAGAGAUCAUCUCGCUCUACGCCCUCCUCGACCGCUACUCCGAAGACGCGCCAGCCUCCUCCAGCUUUAGCCCUACCGCGCACACAGCGAUGCGGGAUCUCAGCGGGGGCGCGGACGGCGGUGUGCAGGGAAUCGUCACGCCUGCGAUGCUGAUGGCGAUCUUGACGCGGAUGCGGGAAUUGAAAAUCCAAGACAUGCACUCUGGGGACAAAAAGGCGAGUGCCGUGGCAGAUUUACUCGAGAAGGUGUAG